AUGUCUUACAAUAUGUUAACUUUCUGCUUACUUUCACUGCUCGCUUUUUCUUCGGCUUGCUACAUCCAGAACUGUCCCAUUGGAGGGAAGAGAUCUGUACUGGAGAUGGACGUCAGAAAGUGCAUUUCCUGCGGACCUAGAAACAGAGGCCACUGUUUCGGACCCAACAUUUGUUGUGGAGAAGAGCUGGGCUGCUAUUUCGGCACGGCGGAAACCCUGCGGUGCCAAGAAGAAAAUUUUCUCCCCACCCCUUGCGAGUCUGGAAAGAAGCCGUGUGGCAGCAACGGAGGGACAUGCGCUGCAUCUGGCAUCUGCUGCAACCACGAGGGUUGCAUGGUUGAUUCUGUAUGCGAUCAAGAAUGAGAAGAAUCAAGGAAGAACAGUGCAAACACACCUUUAGAUUAUGAACUUGUAGACAACAAUACCACACUGAUGGGAUAUAUCAUUCAGUGUUCAGAAAUGCUUGCUGGAAGCC